AUGAAAUGUCUGAUUAUAAAACUUCUACUGGUCAUUAACCAUGUACACACUAAAAUAGCACUGACUGACAUACAGAAAAUAGAGCAAGUGGUAUUUGAUGUGAAUAAUAAUUUAGUAAUAAAUCCAGAUGGACCACUUAAUGGAUUAAGAGGAUAUCUCCUGGAUAAAAGUGGAUAUAUGCAUAAUAAGCGGUUCUUUUCUUCUGAAAUAGAUACAUUUUAUACAAUGAAUGGGUCUGUAAAUUCUGAGAGUGGACAGUUUGUCUGUGAUUGUGUAAGAAAAAAAGUUAAAGACCAUGCGUACAUAGAUAUAGACACAGAUAAAGCAAAAAAGAAGUAUCUUAUCAGAUAUCAUACACAACUGAUUAGAAUGUUUCCUUCUGCAGGGGAUAAUCUUUCUAUCUCUGCAGGAAGACCGAAUGCACUCAUAAGGUUCUUAAAAAGUAAACCAGUUGAACAGUACAGUAAUUAUAUUCUGGCUGCCCUUCUAUUAUUAACAGAACACGUAAAUAUUUCCAUUGGUGCAGACUUAGAAAAAAAAGGAGAAGAAAAGCUUUUUCUAAAAAGAGCUGAUGGUAUACGAGAAUAUUUCAAUUUAAGUUUAGCCUUAAAUAAAAAAAAGACAGACCAAAUAUGGAAGGAUUAUCACUCAGAAACAGUAGAGGUCAUUGAAUUUUUUAAAAUGUGCAUAGAAUAUCCUCUUCUAAGCCCAAAAACAGUUAAUGGAUUUACUGAACCAACUACGUAUGAGCAGUUCAUGAUAGGAAACUUUUUGAAUACACCACAGUUCCUCAUCCAGUCGUACAUAUACGAAUUUAUUAAGACAAAGGAUGAUUACAUUGAGUUUGUAAAGGCUGUACACACUUUGCUAUCUGAUCAAAUGGAAUGUGCAGAUACUAUAACCCGAAAAUCCCCUAAAUGCAAAAAGAGAAAGUUAUUAGAAAGAGCAUAUAAAAAGCUAUUCAUAAAAAAAGAAGAAUUUAAAAAUACAAAAAACCACCUAUCCCAUAUUAUUCAGCUUAAAUCUGCAAUGGAUGAGAACAAUCCACUUCCAUUAGUAGAGUUUAUACAGAGUCUAUCACCUACUAUACUUCCAUUAUACAAUCGAGAUACUAAAGAGUUCGUGGACAAUGAAAAUACAAUUUAUUCAGACUGUGUAGAGUCUUCUAUUUUAGGUAUGCUCUGCUGGCUAUUAUAUAGUACAGAAAUGGAAAAGUACAGUACAGUACAUUUAUUCAGUCCAUCUUCUGAUUUAUUAAUGUUUUUCAAGAAUUACAGUAUACCAAGUAAAAGCGUAACCAGAGAAAUGCGGUUAGACUGGUGCCGAGUUGUAUCAGGCUUAUCAACAAAUGAAGAGAUCUCAUACAUAAAAGAGAAAAGGAAUGAAAUAAGAAGUGGAUUAUUAAAUAUUUUCUUAAUUAUAGAAGAAGUAGCAGGACACUCUUCAGAAAUAUCCGAGCCAAUUAAUUAUCUAAAGAAAAUGCUUAGUGAACAACAAUUAGAUAAGAAAUUCAAUGUUCAAUCGGCUUUACUUCAAAUAUUCAGAUAUUUAUCAAACGGAAGAGUAACUGAAGUACUCUGUGAAGAUUUAAGAAUACUCAACCGAACGGAUAACCGCCCAGAUAUAUUUGGUAAAUUUCAGUUAAUCUGUGAAUUUAGCACUAUAUUUACUUUAGACAUAAGUUCAGGUCACUGUUCAGUAACCCUAAUGAAUAGUUCAAGUACACGGCAUAUACACCAGAUAAAAAAUGAACUUUCAUCGAUUCAAAGGGAGUACACCAACCCUUCUACGUAUAUAGAAUGUAUUAUUAUGCAGUAUAUAACAGUUGAAUUAAACAAAAUCAAUUGUUCCAUUAAUAAUACAGUAUACAUCCCUAAGAAACAAAUACUUCACCAUUUAUCUAAUUAUAAGAAUAGUGUAUCUGAAAUAUUCUUAUUCGGAAGGAUUAGUCAUAUUUAUACAAAAACAUUCAUUGUUAUGGCAUUCCUUUCAUAUUUUGAGGGCAGAGAGUUUCCUUUAAAUGACUCUUUCGUUAGAUUUACUAAGAAUAUUAUAGGAAGUACUGUACUAAAUGGUCGUACACAGAGACAGCAUAUAAUGAGUGUUCUUUUGUUUAAUUCAUGCAGUACCAUAUACUAUACAAAUAUACAGUAUACAUUCAAUGAUUUUAUAAAUUAUGAGUAUAAUCCGUACUUAGUCACAGAUAUAUUAAAGGACAUAUUAGAAGAAAAAGCAUUCUCCGUACGUACUUCUAUGGGAAGCUUUAAAUGCUUAUUAAAAAUACUUGCACCUACUGCACAGUUUUAUACACUGCUUAGAAGAGAGACCACGUUUUAUUAUUUAUCUUCUCUUAUAUCAAGGUCAUCAGAUUUUUUAAAUACUCUAUUUAUGGCUAUAACCUAUGUGAAUAGUAUUAUUACACGGGAUAUGGAAUUCACAUCCAGUGAUAUUUAUAUUUAUUGGCUUAUGCACAGUUUUGAGGCAUUUUCUGAUGAACCUGAAAUUAGUCAUAUGAUAUACGAUAGUAUAAAUCCUGUGGAAAUUGGGUGUAAAUUUAAAUGUGACGGUAACUACAUGAUAACUUGUGGUAAAUUAUGGAAUGAGUUAAGGGAUUAUAAGGAAUAUUUCUAUGAUGAGUAUAAUAUAGUUAGUACAGAGAAAUACGUAAAUAUUAUGGAUAAGUUAAGCUGUCUUCGCACAAAGAAAGCCAAUCGGGAUAAAUAUCCAUUUACUCAUUAUUAUUGUAAUAGAACUAAUUCCACAUGUAUUACAUAA